AUGACUCAGCCAGUGCCUGAGAGCAUAAACUUUCCAGCUGAAGAAGAAAAGAUUCUCCAGUUCUGGAAGGAUAUAGAUGCUUUUCAAACUGCAUUAAAACAAUCGAAAGGAAGACCAAGAUACUCUUUCUAUGAUGGACCACCAUUUGCAACAGGGUUGCCUCAUUAUGGUCACAUACUAGCAGGAACUAUCAAAGAUACAGUGACAAGAUGGGCACAUCAGAGUGGUUUCCAUGUUGAGCGAAGAUUUGGAUGGGAUUGUCAUGGACUGCCUGUGGAGUAUGAAAUUGAUAAAAGUUUAGGUAUAAAAGGACCAGAAGAUGUAGCUAAGAUGGGUAUUAGAGCUUAUAAUGCUGAAUGUAGAAAGAUUGUUUCUCGAUAUUCAACUGAAUGGGAGGAAAUAGUAAGUCGUCUUGGAAGAUGGAUUGAUUUUAAGAAUGAUUAUAAGACUAUUUAUCCGUGGUUUAUGGAGUCUAUAUGGUGGGUGUUUAAAGAGCUCUAUAACAAUGGACUUGUUUAUCAAGGAUACAAGGUAAUGCCUUACUCUACAGCCUGUAACACUCCAUUGUCUAAUUUUGAAUCUGGACAGAAUUAUAAAGAUGUAACUGAUCCUGCAGUGUAUGUAAGUUUUCCAUUAGAUGAAGACCCAAAUGUAUCUAUGGUAGCAUGGACCACCACACCCUGGACACUCCCAAGUAACCUAGCUCUUUGUGUUAAUGCUGAUAUGGAUUAUGUCAAAAUAAAAGAUUUGAACACUAGUAAUGUGUAUAUUAUAUUAGAAGCUAGAAUAGAGGCCUUGUUUAAAUCACCUGAUGAGUACAAGGUUUUGGAUAAGUUUAAAGGUAAAACACUAGAAGGAAAGACAUAUAAACCAUUGUUUGAUUAUUUUCAAGAUGUAAUAAAAAAUGGAGCUUUUAAAAUUCUGACAGACAAUUAUGUAUCAGCUGAAAGUGGUACAGGAGUUGUACAUCAAGCUCCAUAUUUUGGUGAGGAUGAUCAACGUAUAUCAUUGAAAUAUGGUAUAAUAACUAAAGAAAUGAAGAUUGUUUGUCCUGUAGAUGCUAGUGGUAAAUUUACAGAAGAAGUUCAUCAUUUUAAAGGUCUACAUGUAAAGGAAGCUGAUAAACAUAUUAUAAAACAUUUAAAACAGGCAGGAAGAAUGGUUUAUGCUGGAACAGUGAAUCAUAGUUAUCCUUUCUGUUGGAGAUCAGAGACACCAUUGAUCUAUCGUGCUGUACCAAGUUGGUUUGUUCGUGUUGAACAAGCAGUAGACAAUCUUUUAGCUAAUAAUGAAAAAACUUAUUGGGUUCCUGAUUUUAUAAAAGAGAAGAGGUUUGCUAAUUGGUUGAAGAAUGCUAGAGACUGGGCUAUAUCACGUAAUAGAUAUUGGGGUACACCUAUACCACUGUGGAUCAGUGAUGAUGGUGAAGAGAUUGUAUGUGUUGGUUCAAUAGAAGAAUUGAAUAAAUUGACUGGUGCUAAUGUUACAGAUCUUCAUAGAGAAAAUAUUGAUGAUCUAACCAUACCAUCUAAACUUGGUAAAGGUGUUUUAAGAAGGGUAUCAGAAGUGUUUGAUUGUUGGUUUGAAAGUGGAAGUAUGCCUUAUGCACAGGCUCAUUUCCCAUUUGAGCAUAAAAAGGAAUUUGAAGAUAGUUUUCCUGCUGAUUUUAUUGCUGAGGGAAUUGAUCAGACUCGAGGGUGGUUCUACACAUUAUUAGUAUUAUCAACUUUACUAUUUGGAAAACCACCAUUUAAGAACCUCAUUGUUAAUGGUUUAGUUCUAGCAAAAGAUGGUACAAAGAUGAGUAAAAGUAAAAAGAACUACCCUGAUGUGAAAGAAAUUGUCAAUCAGUUUGGUGCUGAUGCUGUCAGGUUAUACUUAAUCAAUUCACCAGCUGUCCGUGCUGAUUCAUUAAGAUUUAAAGAAGAAGGUGUAAGAGAUAUAUUAAAAGAUGUUUUUCUACCCUGGUAUAAUGCUUAUAGAUUCCUUAUGCAGAAUGUUGAGAAAUUAGAAAGGGAGGAAGGAAUUAAGAUAUGUUAUAAUGAAAAGACGACUAUAAUAUCUAGUAACUAUAUGGACAGAUGGAUUUUAUCAUUCACUCAAUCAUUAGUUAAAUAUGUUAAAGAAGAAAUGGCUGCCUAUAGACUGUAUACAGUGACACCUAGAUUAGUCAAGUUUGUAGAUCAGUUAACCAAUUGGUAUGUUAGAAUGAAUAGAAAAAGGUUAAAGGGAGAUGGUGGUGUAGAAGAUUGUCAGAUGGCUAUAGAAACUUUAUAUUCUGUUGUCAUGACGAUGACUAAAGUUAUGGCUCCAUUUAUUCCGUUUCUAACAGAACAUAUGUACCAGAAUCUACGAUUGUUACAAGAUACUGUGGAAGGUGAUAAAACUGAUACUAGAAGUGUUCAUUUUACUAUGAUACCUCCAGUUAGAGAAAACUUGAUAGAUAAAAAGAUAGAAGAGGCAGUGAGUAGAAUGCAGACUGUAAUAGAAUUGGGUCGAGUUGUUCGUGAUAGAAAAACUCUGCCUACUAAGUAUCCAUUAAAAGAAAUAGUAGCUAUACAUCAAGAUACAGCAGCUACAGAUGAUAUUAAAUCAUUGGAAAAAUAUAUACUAGAGGAAUUGAAUGUUAGAACCUUAACAGUGACUACAGAUAAAGAAAAAUAUGGUGUCCGUCUUCGUGCAGAACCAGACCACAAAACAUUAGGUUUAAAAUUAAAGGGUGAAUUUAAGAAAGUUACAGAUGAAAUCCGAAAACUGGCUGACAAGUUAUUGGUGAAUUUUAAAAAAAUAGGAGAAAUAGAGGUGUUAGGACAUAAAUUAGUUCAUGAAGAUUUAAGAUUGAUGUAUGUAUCUGAUUCAGAAGGCUCAAAUUAUGAAACUCAUUCGGAAGGAGAGAUUCUGAUACUAUUAGAUGUGACUCCAGAUCAAUCUAUGAUAGAUGAAGGUGUGGCUAGAGAAGUUAUCAAUAGAAUACAGAAAUUACGUAAAAAGGCCAAGCUUCAACCUUCAGAUGAGAUAACAGUAUUUUAUAAGGCCAGUGAGAAUCUUGAUAAUGUUAUAAAGAACUACACUGACUUUAUCUGUAAUACCAUAAAACAACAGCUACAACCCUACACUACCACUCCUAGUGGUAAUAUUAUAAUAACUGAGAGUAUGAAGAUUAAAGACAACACAUUAGAAAUGACAAUAAACCAGACUUCUCUAUUACCAGCUCCAGUUGUUAAUAAUGUCAAACCCUUAGUUCCUUUUAUUAAUCUAAGUUUGUGUGGUAACUUAAUGUCUCAAGAAGGUUUCCAUGGAAACCAGGGUACUCUAUUGUUAGAAAAUCCAGUAGGAGAAAAUAAGUUGUCAGGCACACAGUUUUUAGAGCAGGUCCAAUCUGUGUUUGGAUUACGUGGACGCAAUAUCCAAGUCCAUUCAGACUCUGGUUUAAAACGGGAAGUAACAGAGAAAUCAGACAUCAAAUCAUUUAGCAGUAAAACACUGUAUGUUACCCCUACUAAUGGUAUUAAAGUCACGGCUCCUAGUUCCACUUUCACCUCUCCUGUUUGUCAUUUUGCUAAUGUGGAGGUGUUAAGUAAGGGCGUUAAGUCAACAAAGGGAGUGUUAUUGUUAGAAAAUCCUAGAGGAGAUGUUUUCAGCUUUUCACAUCUAUUAAAACAAGUGAGUGAUGAUUUUAUUGAACAUUUUGAUUUGUUUUUGGCUUCCUUGAAUCCAAAAGAACAAUGA